GUCAAAAUGAAGAUCGGACUUUGCGCCUAUAGUGGAUACAAAAUAUAUCCAGGCCAUGGCAAGACCAUGGUUAAAGUGGAUGGAAAAACCUUCACAUUCCUGAAUUCAAAAUGUGAAGCCGCCCAUUUGAUGAGGAGGAAUCCUCGUAAAGUAACAUGGACUGUCCUGUACAGGCGCAAGUUCAAAAAGGGCCAAGAGGAAGAACAAGCAAAGAAACGUACUAGAAGGACCCAAAAGUUCCAACGUGCGAUUGUUGGUGCUUCACUUAGUGACAUUAUGGCUAAGCGUAAUAUGAAGCCUGAAGUACGUAAAGCGCAGAGAGAACAGGCCAUUAAGGCGGCAAAGGAACAAAAGAAAUCAACUAAAGCUGCCAAGAAGACUACAGCUCCUCCUACGAAGGCUAAAUCACAACCUAAAGCAAAGGCUGCUAAAGUCAGUCAAAAAGCAGCACCUAGAGUUGGUGGAAAGCGAUAAAAAUAAAUUUUAAAAACUGA